GCGGGCGUCAAACGAAUUGAUUUGUUGAGAGGGAAGAACGGCGCACAAAUUUGUUUAAAUUGGUGACAACAAUAGGAGCAGCAUGUCGAAACCAAUUACCUUUGUUACGGGCAAUGCCAAAAAGCUGGAGGAACUUAUCGCCAUACUUGGGCCCAAUUUUCCACGCACGAUCAUCUCGAAGAAAGUGGAUCUGCCUGAGCUGCAGGGCGAGAUUGAAGAUAUUGCGUUGAAAAAAUGCAAGGAAGCGGCGCGUCAAGUAAACGGACCGGUGCUCAUAGAGGAUACUAGCCUGUGCUUCAAUGCGCUGGAGGGUCUACCGGGUCCGUAUAUUAAAUGGUUUCUGGACAAACUGCAGCCAGAGGGUCUGCAUCGACUGCUGAGCGGCUGGGAAGAUAAAUCUGCACGUGCCGUUUGUACCUUUGCCUAUUGUGAAAACGGAGCGGCUGAGCCACGGCUCUUUCAGGGCAUUACCGAGGGCGUCAUUGUGGAGCCACGUGGUCCGCGCGACUUUGGCUGGGAUCCAGUGUUUCAGCCCAAAGGGUACACACAAACCUAUGCGGAACUGCCGAAGUCUGAAAAGAACAAAAUCUCGCAUCGCUUUAGAGCCUUGGAUCUACUGCAGCAGCAUUUUGAAAAUGAGAAAUGCUAAUCUGCGAAACGCUCUUGUCUGUUGUUAAACAAAAAAAAGACUACGUACAUU